AUGAGUGAAUUCCGGAUUCAUCAUGAUGUCAAUGAAUUGCUCAGUCUUCUGCGUGUCCAUGGGGGUGAAGGGGCAGAAGUCUAUAUCGACCUGCUGCAGAAGAACAGAACGCCGUACGUCACAACCACCGUCUCCGCACACAGUGCCAAGGUUAAAAUAGCAGAAUUUUCUCGUACUCCAGAAGAUUUCCUAAAGAAGUAUGAUGAACUAAAGUCUAAAAACACUCGGAGCCUGGACCCAUUGGUGUACCUGCUGUCAAAACUCACAGAGGACAAGGAGACUCUGCAGUAUUUGCAGCAGAAUGCGAAAGAGAGGGCUGAGCUUGCGGCCAGCGCUGUGGCCAGCUCUAGCCCUAGCUUCAGUGUCCCUGCUUCCGCCUCCAAGAUCUCUACGCAGGAGCUGGAGGAGCUGCGGAGACAGCUUGGCAGUGUGACCACAGGCUCCACGCUGCAGCAGUCUCUAGAACUAACAAGAAAGAUGCUUCGAGAGAAGCAGAAUAAGAAGAACUCAGGCCAACACCUCCCUGUGUUCCCAGCCUGGGUGUAUGAGCGACCAGCGCUGACGGGGGACUUCCUGGCUGGCUCGGGGGUGGGCACUGACACGGCUCUGCCUAUAGGCUCUCUGCCCCUGAACUCCCAGGAGUCAGCCAUCGUGGAAGACCUCCUCUACAUGCUAGCUGGUGUGGACGGCAGGUACAUUACUGCGCAGCCCCUGACUAGCCGGCAGAGCCGCACCUUCCUUGUGGAUCCCAACAUGGACCUGUCUGUCAGGGAAUUGGUCAACAGGAUCCUCCCAGUGGCUGCCAGCUACUCCACUGUGACCAGGUUCAUUGAGGAGAAGUCGUCCUUUGAGUAUGGACAGGUGAACCACGCCCUGGCGGCCGCAAUGCGCAUGCUGGUGAAGGAGUACCUCAUCCUCAUCACACAGCUGGAGCAGCUGCAGAGGCAGGGUCUGCUAUCGCUGCAGAAGCUCUGGUUCUACAUCCAGCCAACCAUGCGCACGAUGGACAUACUGGCCUCACUCGCCACGUCAGUGGACAAAGGUGAGUGUCUGGGGGGCUCGACCCUCAGCCUCCUCCACGACAGAAGCUUCAACUACACUGGGGAUAGCCAGGCCCAGGAACUGUGUCUGUAUCUGACCAAGGCUGCCAGCGUGCCCUAUUUCGAGAUCCUGGAGAAGUGGAUUUACCGGGGCAUUAUCGACGACCCUUACAGCGAGUUUAUGGUGGAAGAACAUGAACUACGAAAGGAAAAGAUCCAGGAGGAUUAUAAUGACAAGUACUGGGACCAGAGGUACACCGUGGUGCAGCCCCACAUCCCCUCCUUCCUGCAGAAGAUGGCAGACAAGGUUCUGAGCACAGGAAAAUACCUGAAUGUGGUGCGUGAGUGUGGUCAUGAUGUCACUUGCCCAGUGGCCAAGGAGAUCACCUAUACUUUGAAGGAGCGUGCAUAUGUGGAGCAGAUAGAGAAGGCCUUCAACUACGCCAGCAAGGUGCUCCUGGACUUCCUGAUGCAGGAGAAGGAGCUCGUUGCCCAUCUGAGGUCCAUCAAGCGCUACUUCCUAAUGGACCAGGGGGAUUUCUUUGUGCACUUCAUGGACCUCACUGAAGAGGAGCUGAAGAAGCCAGUGGAUGACAUCACGCCCCCCCGCCUGGAGGCCCUGCUAGAGCUGGCCCUGCGCAUGAGCACUGCCAACACAGAUCCCUUCAAGGAUGACCUUAAGAUCGAUCUGAUGCCCCAUGACCUCAUUACCCAGCUCCUGCGUGUCCUAGCCAUCGAGACCAAGCAGGAGAAAGCACUGGUUAGUGCUGAGCCCACAGAGCUCACUUUGAGUGGCCUGGAGGCCUUCUCCUUUGACUAUGUUGUUAAGUGGCCCCUGUCGCUAAUCAUCAAUAGGAAAGCCUUGACUCGAUACCAGAUGCUCUUCCGGCACAUGUUCUACUGCAAGCAUGUGGAGCGGCAGCUCUGCAGCGUCUGGGUCAGCAACAAGACCGCCAAGCAGCACGCCCUGCACUCGGCCAAGUGGUUUGCCAGCGCAUUCACUCUGCGACAGCGGAUGCUGAACUUCGUACAGAACAUUCAGUACUACAUGAUGUUUGAGGUGAUGGAGCCCACCUGGCACAUCCUGGAAAAAAACCUGAAGUCUGCCUCCAACAUUGACGAUGUCCUCGGCCACCACACCAGCUUUCUAGACAACUGCCUCAAAGACUGCAUGCUGACCACCCCGGAGCUGCUCAAGGCCUUCUCCAAGCUCAUGUCUGUUUGUGUCAUGUUCACCAACUGCAUGCAGAGAUUCACACAGAGCAUGAAGCUGGACAGUGAGCUGGGCCGUCUGACGCUAGAGCACGGAACCAUGCUGGGGCCACCCACUGAGGCCGAGCGGGCUGAGGAGAAUACCCGGAAGAAGCUCACCAAGAAGCACCUGGCCGAGCACAUGGAUGCUUCACAAGUGGCCUCUGGCUUCGAGGCCACCAUCAACAAGUUUGACAAGAACUUCUCUGCCCACCUCCUUGACCUUCUGGCCCGACUGAGCAUCUACAGCACCAGUGACUGCGAGCACAGCAUGGCCAGUGUCAUAUCCAGGCUUGAUUUCAACGGCUUCUACACUGAACGGCUCGAGCGCCUCUCUGCUGAGAGGAGUCAGAAGGCAGCACCCCACGCGCCUGCACCAAGGGUGCCCUCAACAGCCUCAGCACCCAGGAUUGCCGUUGCUGCCCAGUGA